AUGGCAUGGGCCGUCAAACAAGGCCGACUUGAUAUCCUCCAGAUGUACCUCAAAGCAGGUGUGGACACCAACUUCUACACGCUAUAUGGAGUGCCCAUGUUAUCUCAUGCAGCAUAUGAGGGGCAGAUCGGGUCUGCAAGAAUUUUACUACGCUAUGGAGCUGACCCCUGCUUACCUACUCUGUGUGGAGGACAGGCACCCUUGAUAGAUACAGAAGGACCCAAUAUGGUCGAAUUGGUGUUACGUGCAGGUGCGAAGAUUACAUCUCUCAAGCUUUUCAAGUUCAUUUGUUGUGAUAUUGUGAAUCCUGAGCAUCUUGUUCAGCUUGCUAUUAUGAAUGGGACGGAGUUUCUUGCGCUGAAAGAUACCUGGGGUGAGACGGUCUUGCAUAAGGCUGUAAGAUACAGCGAAGGUUUGACUGCUUUGAUUUCAAAGGCUGCACCUGAGCUUUUGCAUGAGCGGACGUCCGACGGUGGGAUAGUUCUUUAUGUUGCUGUUGACCGUGGGUGUGUAGCAGCUGCCAGAUACUUGAUUGCAUUGAACGAGAUCACGGAUGUCGUUAACAUGGACGGGGAGACAGCGCUCCAUAUCGCGGUGAAGAGGGAUUUGAAAAGGGUACAACUUCUGACUGGACGUCAGGAAGUCGACAUCAAUGGGUUGAAUGCGUCGAAUGAAACACCACUGUCUAUUGCUAUAAGCUAUCAUACAAUCAGCCGCUGUUAUUUCGACAUAGUUGACCACUUGCUGAGAGAUCCCAGGAUAUACAUCGAUCCGAUGUCUGUGUUGGCUAUGAAGCACCUUUUUCGACCCACUGACUUGUGGUUGCUGUUGUUAUUCGAGGAUGUUAUAUUGCUCAUCAGGUUUCUAUGGCCUUACACGAAGCAGGGAGGUUACAUCUCUCUCUUGAAGAGUUGUCAGGAGUCGCUCUUUGCUCUUUUGCCUUAUCUAUUCUGA